GCCUUUUCUGGAAACACAAAUGCAGACAGUGUCGUAUACUAUAAGCUUCAGCAUUCCAUUAAAGCAAGAUUUCUCCGUUUUGUGCCUUUGGACUGGAAUCCCAAUGGCAGAAUUGGAAUGCGCAUUGAAGUGUAUGGAUGCACAUACAGGUCCGAGGUGGUUGGCUUUGAUGGGAAAAGUUGUCUAAUUUACAUAUUUAAUCAAAAACUCACGAGUGCAUUGAAAGAUGUGAUUUCUCUGAAGUUUAAGACAAUGCAAAGUGAUGGAAUUCUCCUCCACAGAGAAGGACAAAAUGGAGACCACAUCACCCUGGAAUUAAUUAAAGGGAAGCUGUCCCUACUCAUUAAUUUAGGUGAUACUAAAAUUCAUCCUUCUAAUGCCCAAAUUAAUAUUAUGCUGGGCAGCCUUUUGGAUGAUCAACACUGGCAUUCUGUUCUCAUUGAACACUUUAACAAUCAAGUAAACUUUACAGUGGAUAAACACACUCAUCAUUUUCAUGCAAAAGGAGAAUUCAGUUAUUUGGACCUUGGUUAUGAGCUCAGCUUUGGAGGGAUCCCAGUGCCUGGAAAAUCAGGGACAUUGUCACGCAGGAACUUUCAUGGGUGUUUUGAAAAUAUUUAUUAUAAUGGAGUGAACAUUAUUGACCUGGCCAGGAGACAUAAAUCUCAGAUCUACUUUGUGGGCAACAUAUCCUUCUCAUGUUCAGAGCCGCAAGUGGUUCCUGUUACGUUUCUGAGCUCCAGCAGCUACCUGGCACUGCCAGGCACAUCUGGGCAAGACGAAAUAUUCAUCAGUUUCCAGUUUCGCACCUGGAACAAGGAGGGACUUCUAUUAUCUAGUAAACUACAUCAGGAUUCAGGUGGUUUCUUCUUAUAUCUGAGAAAUGGGAAAGUUAAAAUCAAUCUUCAUAAACCAGGAAAAACAUUGAGUGACAUCGCUGCAGGUGCUGGAUUAAAUAAUGGCCAGUGGCAUUCUGUAUCCUUCUUUGCCAAAAGGAAUCGUAUCAGUGUAACAGUGGACAAUGACAUGACCUCGUCUGCUCAUGCCUCUAUACCUCUGCAGAUUUAUUCAGGAGAUAUUUUCUACUUUGGAGGCUGUCCUAGUGAUGGAAACAUUUCUGAAUGUAAUACCUCAUUUGGUGGCUUUCAAGGAUGCAUGCGACUCAUUUCCAUUGGUAACAAAGCUGUGGAUAUGAUCUCAGUUCAGCAAAAUAUUUUCGGCAAUUUCAGUGACCUUCAGAUAGAUUUAUGUGGCAUUAUAGACAGGUGUUUGCCUAAUUAUUGUGAACAUGGUGGUGAAUGUUCACAGUCCUGGAACAGCUUUUAUUGCAACUGUGCUGACACUGGUUACAAGGGAGCUACAUGCCACUAUCCCAUCUAUGAGCAAUCAUGUGAAGCCUAUAAGCACAGAGGGAACACUUCAGGCUUUUACAAUAUUGAUUCAGAUGGAAGUGGCCCCUUGGGACCGUUUCUUGUAUACUGUAACAUGACAGAUACCACAUGGACAAUUAUACAGCAUAACAACACCAACCUAACCAGAGUCAAAAGUGCUAAUCGAGAGAAUCCCCACAAUGUGUUUUUCAAAUACUCUGCCAGCUUAGACCAGCUUCAGGCUACAAUUAACCAUGCAGAACACUGUGAACAAGAGUUUGCUUACCACUGCAAAAAGUCAAGGCUUUUAGAUAAGCCAGAUGGGAUGCCACUGAGCUGGUGGAUUGGAAGAACCAAUGAAACACAAACUUACUGGGGAGGUUCCUUGCCUGCUGUACAAAGAUGUGCUUGUGGAUUAGAGGGGAGCUGCAUUGAUUCCCAGCAUUACUGCAACUGUGAUGCGGACAGAGAUGAAUGGACUAAUGAUACUGGAUUCCUCUCCUACAAGGAUCAUCUACCAGUAACUGAAAUUGUGAUCACGGAUACAGACAGACCAAAUUCUGAAGCAGCUUACAAACUGGGGCCUUUGCUUUGUCGUGGUGACAGAACAUUUUGGAAUUCAGCAUCCUUCAACACAGAAACGUCCUACCUGCAUUUCCCCACCUUCCAUGGAGAACUCAGUGCAGAUGUCUCAUUUUUCUUUAAAACUACUGCUUCUUCAGGAGUGUUUCUAGAAAACCUGGGAAUUCAAGACUUUAUAAGGAUAGAAUUAUACUCUCCGUCUGAAGUGCUCUUUUCAUUCGAUGUUGGAAAUGGACCUAGUGAAGUUACAGUGCAAUCACUCACUUCCUUAAAUGACAACCAGUGGCAUUAUGUAAAGGCUGAACGAAACAUCAAAGAGGCAUCCUUACAAGUAGAUCAGCUUCCUCAAAGGUCUCAUGCUGCUCCACCUGACGGGCAUAUUCGCUUGCAGCUCAAUAGCCAGCUUUUUGUAGGUGGGACAGCAUCCAGGCAAAAAGGGUUUUUGGGAUGCAUUCGUUCGUUACAGUUAAAUGGAAUGGCCCUUGACCUAGAAGAGAGAGCAAAGAUGACACCAGGAGUUGAACCAGGCUGUCCUGGACAUUGUAGCAGCUAUGGGAACCUGUGCCACAAUGGUGGAAAAUGUAGAGAGAAAUACAGUGGAUUCUCCUGUGACUGCACUUUCUCUGCCUAUGCUGGGCCAUUCUGUAAGAAAGAAAUCUCUGCCUAUUUUGGGACUGGCACUUCUGUGACAUACAAUUUUCAAGAAUACUACACCUUAGCUAAAAAUUCCAGUUCUCACGCUUCUUCUUUCUAUGCUGACAUGACACUGAACAAGGAAGCAAUUACAUUUGCCUUCUCAACAACACGGACACCAAGCUUGCUGCUUUAUAUCAGCUCCUUCUACAAGGAAUAUCUCUCAGUCAUUCUUACCAGAAACGGAAGUUUACAGAUCAGGUAUAAGCUAGAUAGCCAUCAAGAUCCUGAUGUCUUCAGCAUCAAUAUCAAAAGCAUGGCUGAUGGACAACUGCAACACAUGAAGAUUAACAGAGAGGAAGAAAUGCUUUUUGUGGAGGUUAACCAAAAUGAAAGAAUGAAAUUUAUUCUGUCUUCAGGCACAGAAUUCAAUGCAAUCAAAUCUCUCACACUUGGUAAAAUUUUAG